ACAACACGAUUUUGAAACAUCUUCUAUGAACUUUAUAAAAAUAAAUAGCAACUAUUUCCCAUCGACACACGUGUGAAUCCACGCUUAUAAUAGUUGAAAAUUUCCCCUACCGUUUUAAAAACAUCUGAGUGCUUAGUAGUAAAAAAAUUGUUAAAAAUGCGUGAAAUAGUGCAUUUGCAGGUGGGGCAGUGCGGCAACCAGAUUGGUUCGAAGUUCUGGGAAAUUAUAUCAGACGAACAUGGUAUUGACACAACGGGUCACUAUCGAGGUGACAGCGACUUGCAACUGGAGCGAAUACAAGUGUAUUACAAUGAGGCGUCUGAUGGCACAAGGUUCGUUCCCCGGGCGGUGCUCAUCGAUCUUGAACCGGGGACGAUGGAUGCGAUCAGGUCCUCAACUUACGGUCAGCUGUUUAGACCUGAUAACUACGUAUUUGGACAGAGCGGUGCCGGUAACAACUGGGCAAAGGGUCAUUACACUGAAGGAGCAGAGUUGGUAGAUUCUGUGAUGGAUGUUGUCAGAAAAGAAGCCGAACCGUGUGAUUGCUUGCAAGGUUUUCAACUGACGCAUUCUCUCGGAGGUGGAACGGGAUCGGGCUUGGGCACAUUGUUGCUGAGUAAGCUACGUGAAGAGUACCCUGACAGGAUCGUUAAUACUUUCAGUGUUGCACCCUCUCCUAAAGUAUCAGACACAGUGGUGGAGCCCUACAACGCUACACUGUCCGUCCACCAGUUGGUUGAGAAUACUGACGAGACCUUCUGCAUAGACAACGAAGCGCUGUAUGACAUCUGCUUCAGGACCCUCAGACUGUCUUCACCGACUUAUGGAGAUUUGAAUCACUUAGUAUCGCUGACGAUGUCCGGCGUGACGACUUGUCUGCGUUUCCCGGGACAGCUCAAUGCAGACUUAAGAAAACUAGCUGUCAAUAUGGUGCCCUUCCCGAGAUUACACUUCUUCAUGCCAGGAUUCGCGCCUCUAACCGCACGAAACAGUCAAAGCUACAGAGCUCUCACUGUAGCGGAAUUAACACAGCAGAUGUUCAGUCCCGUGAACAUGAUGGCUGCGUGUGACCCGCGUCACGGCCGUUACCUCACUGUCGCCGCCAUCUUCAGAGGACGCAUGUCCAUGAAGGAUGUGGACGAACAGAUGCUCAGCGUACAGGAUAAGAACAGCAGUUACUUCGUAGAGUGGAUACCCAAUAAUGUAAAAGUAGCUGUCUGCGACGUACCUCCGCGUGGACUCAAGAUGGCCGCCACGUUCGUGGGCAACUCCACCGCUAUACAGGAGAUAUUCAAACGUAUAUCUGAGCAGUUUACAUUGAUGUUCAGAAGGAAGGCAUUUCUUCAUUGGUACACGGGUGAGGGUAUGGAUGAGAUGGAGUUCACGGAAGCCGAGAGCAACAUGAAUGAUCUUGUUUCGGAGUACCAGCAAUAUGAAGAAGUAGGUGUUGAUGACGAAUUUGAUGAACAAGAAGUGCAAGCUGAAGAAGAAUAUCCCGAAGAAUAAUAAAAAAAACAUUAGCUAGCUGUCUAGUCCCAAUGGAAUUCCCAAUUUUCUAUUUAUUAUC